AGAGAGCCGUCUCCAGGUUCGAGAACCCCGUCAGCCUCUCCUCAUGGAGGGGGCGUGGGUGAUCAUCAUCGUCGUCCUGGCCUUCUGUGCCAUUCUGCUUUCUACGCUUUGUAUUUACUGUACAUUGCAUUUGUGCCGCUCAACUAAUAUCAAAUAUACUGAGGUGCCAACUUCGCUUCCUCAGAUCCGUGUCACUGUACCUCAAAGCGCUUCGACGAUGAGCAUCUCACGCAUGAAUGGCGCGUACCGGGCCCGCGUAUUCUCUCGCGAUAGCUGCUCACCGCCGUGGAUGGAUCCACGCCAUGGAUCAACUCGAAGCUCACCGUUCACCAGCCCAGCUCCCGCUUCCACGUCUGACAGCUGCGAUUUGCUGAUCGAGGAAGAACGCCGAGCUUCUUUCACUAGAAACAGCCUAUUCCUUUUCGACGACGACGUGGAUAUGGAUAAUGAGCUCGACGAAAUGGACGAUCGGUCUGUGCUCCACUACGAGCUCGGCUUCUACGAGAAAAGCGGCGAAAACUGUUUUCGUGGCACACUCACGUUCGCGCUACGUUACGAUUUCAUUCAUCGAGUACUGAUGCUUCACGUACUCAGAGCAAAUCACUUACCUGUAGAGGACAAAGGCAGAACUGUUGAUCCAUAUGUAAAGAUGUAUCUACUCCCAGAAAGAAGGAAUCAUUGCAAAACAAGAAUUUGCAAGAAAACCAUGGACCCAGAUUUCAAUGAAAUGUUUUCGUUUGACGUUCCAUUCAAUAGUCUUUCUACAAGAAUGCUGCAGUUCACCGUCUAUGAUUUCGACAGAUUCACUCGACAUGGUUUGAUAGGAAAUGUAAUUAUGCGAGAUUUAUUUGAUAAAAGUGAUUUGUACACAUGGACAGAGUACACUAUGCAAAUCAUUGGUAGCCAGGAGAAGAACGAUUUUGGUGACCUAUUGCUUUACCUCCUUUAUUCGCCAAAUGAACAGAAAUUAUUCGUUACUGUUGCGAAAGCAUAUAAUCUUCGCCCAAUGGAUAUUACGGGAGCUUCUGACCCGUAUGUAAAAGUGGAACAAGUGUACCGGGGAAAGCGUGUAAAAUUACGCAAAUCUACAUGCAAACGAGCGAAUUUAAAUCCAGUUUAUCAUGAAACACUAGAGUAUGAUCUUCCAUUAAGUCAAGUAGCCGAGACAAACUUCUUGAUUCAAGUCAUGGACUGGGACAGAAUUGGCAAGGAUGAUCUUCUCGGAUGUUGCGUGUUAGGCAAGGAUAGUCCUACGGUAGAAGGACGAACGCAGUGGGAAAAUUGUUUCCUAUCGCUUGCUCAUACCGACGUCAAUGGACAUAAAAGGAAACCCGUUGGUCAAUGGCAUAGCAUUUUGUCCGAGGUCCCCGAGCAGUUCCGGAAUAUUCCAAAAGCCAAGAAGUAGCAACGUUCUUGAAGCUUUUGUUAACGCUUUUCUACAGGGCCAAAGACCCUCUGGAACGGACUUAAUUUGACUCGCAUGCGUAAACCGGUAUCGUUUCACUGAUCUCAGUUCGAAUUUGCUACGAAUGUCGUGACUCCUCUACAGUUGUUCACUACACUUAUAGAAUUUGCAUGUGUUUUCAGCUAAAUUAUGAUUUGUAUUAUUAUUUACUUCUAUACAUUGCUCACUCAUUUGUUGAACGGGAAAUAAACGUGUUUCAUUUA